CCGUGUCCACGUGACAUGGCGUCACGAAAGUGGGCGGCCCUGAAGGUGCUGCUCAGCCCCCGCCGCUGCGACCUCCACCCACAUCUCCCGUGUUUGCACACACUCGUUUGCAGGUCGCAGUCUCGGUGUUCAGCAGCAGGAAUCAUGCUUCGCGCUGUGCUUUUUCGGAGCCUUCCAACACUAAGACGACUGCCGGUCUGUCACUACUCUGCAGCCGCCAUCCCAGCACCCAGCACCCAGCCGGAGGUCCACUACAACAAGCUCUUUAUCAACAAUGAGUGGCAGGAUGCAGUGAGUGGGAAAACGUUUCCUACGAUAAAUCCGGCAACUGGUGAAGUCAUCUGUCAGGUUGCAGAAGCCGAUGAGGCAGAUGUGGAGAAGGCAGUGAAAGCAGCGGGUAAUGCCUUCAGGUUGGGAUCACCAUGGCGACGGAUGGACGCCUCUCAUCGUGGCUUGCUGCUGAACAGAUUGGCUGAUGCUAUAGAGAGAGAUGCUGCCUACCUCGCUGAGCUUGAGACCCUUGACAAUGGGAAGCCCUAUGCUGUUGCCUAUGCAGUGGAUCUGCCCACAGUAGUGAAAUGUCUCAGAUAUUAUGCAGGCUGGGCCGACAAAUGGGAGGGAAAGACCAUCCCCAUCGAUGGAGAUUAUUUCUGCUACACUAGACAUGAACCCAUUGGAGUCUGUGGACAGAUCAUACCGUGGAACUUCCCUCUGCUGAUGCAGGCGUGGAAACUUGGCCCUGCCCUGGCAACUGGUAACACUGUGGUGAUGAAGGUCGCAGAGCAGACGCCGCUCACUGCGCUUUAUGUAGCCAGCCUAAUCAAAGAGGUGGGUUUUCCUGAAGGUGUUGUGAAUAUCCUGCCUGGCAUGGGACCAACAGCUGGUGCUGCCAUUGCAAGGCACAUGGAUGUCGACAAGGUGGCUUUUACUGGAUCCACAGAGGUGGGUCAUCUAAUCCAACAGGCUUCAGGCAGCAGCAACCUGAAGAAAGUCACUUUGGAGCUGGGAGGAAAGAGCCCCAACAUCAUCCUGUCUGAUGCUGACAUGGAGUACGCUGUGGAGCAGUCCCAUUUUGCUCUGUUUUUCAACCAAGGCCAGUGUUGCUGUGCUGGCUCUCGGACGUAUGUCCAAGCUGAUGUCUACGAUGAGUUUGUGGAGCGCAGUGUGGCGCGAGCCAAGAAACGAGUUGUAGGAGAUCCUUUUGACCUUAAGACAGAGCAGGGACCUCAGAUAGAUCAGGAGCAAUUCAACAAGAUUCUGGGAUACAUCAGCAGUGGCAAGAGAGAAGGAGCCAAGCUGAUGUGUGGAGGAGGAAUAGCUGCAGACAGAGGAUACUUCAUCCAGCCUACUGUGUUUGGAGAUGUCCAGGACAACAUGACCAUUGCCAGAGAGGAGAUUUUUGGUCCAGUGAUGCAAAUCUUCAAGUUUAAAACCCUCGAGGAGGUAGUGACAAGAGCCAAUGACACAAAAUAUGGGCUUGCAGCCGCCGUGUUUACUAAGGACAUCGAUAAAGCCAACUAUGUGUCCAGUGGACUUCGUGCUGGCACAGUCUGGAUUAAUUGCUACGACGUGUUUGGGGCUCAGGCUCCGUUUGGAGGCUACAAGGCUUCAGGUGUCGGCAGAGAGCUGGGCCAGUACGGCUUGGACAACUACACAGAAGUUAAAACGGUGACCAUCAAGGUACCGCAAAAGAAUUCUUAGACGUGUGCAGUGAGACGGGACGACAGCUGACUGAAAAAGAUGCUGAGAAGAUGUCAGACGGAGAAACUGCCCUCUGUUACACAAACAGUACAAACCUGCUGAAGCGAGGUGGAAUCUGCGCUGUGGAUUCAAAAAAUCAUCUCCCCACUUAAAAGUUGAUCUGAGUGAAAUAUGUUAGUGAAUGAAAUCACCAAACUCGAUUACAGUAUUCAGUCAUGGCUAAGAUCAAAUACUAGAAUGUAAUCAGAAUUUCAUCGUAUUACUGCAAUUGUAUGUAGAGACCAGUCUGUGGACUUGCCUCUCAUUUUUCAUAAUAAAUUGAUUUGAGUCGC